UGGGUUGUGUCACAUACUUUAAAUUUACAGCCACACAUACUUUGCUGAUCGGUCGCCUCCGGGCUUUGUGUGCCAAAAAAAAAGACAAUUUAGGAGCACAGCGGAGUGGCUAAGUUCGAGUGGCCUGCUUAAAUACAAAAGCCCGUAUUCGGUUCUGGGUGAUGGAUGUGUUCGGCUUGGUGUGCGCGCUGCUGCUGUUGUCGUGGACCACCGCGGCCCACGGGAAGCCCACUGCGAGGAAAGAGCGAGUCAUUCACGAAACCAACCUAAACGAGCGAACUCAAGACGACAACGACAGCUUCCAGUACGACCACGAGGCCUUCCUGGGCAAGGAGGAGGCCAGGACGUUCGACCAGCUCACCCCGGAGGAGAGCAAGGACAGGCUCGGUAAAAUAGUGGAGCGGAUCGACAGCGACGCCAAUGGCCUCAUUACCACCGAUGAGCUCAAAGCGUGGAUCAAACGCGUCCAGAAGCGUUAUGUUUAUGAGAACGUAGCGAAGGUUUGGGCAGAUUAUGACCUGAACAAAGACGACAAGAUCUCAUGGGAAGAAUACAAGCAGGCCACCUAUGGAUACUACCUCGCCAAUCCAGAUGAGUUUGACGACACGACUGACCAGUUCAGCUUCAAAAAGAUGCUUCCCCGUGAUGAGCGGAGGUUCAAAACAGCUGAUCUGGACAGGGACCAGGCGGCUGACAGAGAAGAGUUCACAGCCUUCCUACACCCUGAGGAGUUUGACCAUAUGAAGGACAUUGUGGUACAGGAAACCCUGGAGGACAUUGACAAGAACGGCGAUGGACACGUGGACGAGGACGAGUACGUCGCCGACAUGUUUGCUCACGAGGACGGCGGCCCAGAGCCGGACUGGCUCAGAACCGAGAGGGAUCAGUUCUCUGACUUCAGAGACUUGAACAAAGACGGUAAAAUGGACCGGGAUGAAAUCCGCCAAUGGAUUAUGCCGCAAAACUACGACCAUGCCCAGGCUGAGGCGCGACACCUGGUCUACGAGUCUGACCAGGACAAGGACCAGAUGUUGACUAAAGAAGAGAUCCUGGAGAACUGGAACAUGUUUGUAGGAAGUCAGGCCACCAACUACGGAGAGGACCUCACCCGGAAUCAUGAUGAGCUUUGAGUUUCACUUUAACCUCACCUGUGUGUGUGUGUGUGUUUGUGUGUGUGUGUGUGUGUGUGUGUAAGUAAGUAAGUAAGUAAGUAAGUAAGUAAGUAAGUAAGUAAGUAAGUAAGUAAGUAAGUAAGAGGUUGAAUUGAUUUGUUGUAUGACAGGAGUCUUGUUUGACCAGCUCUCCAUGUUGGAAUGUUGGUUUAAGAACCGUUACUGCAGAUAACGAACAAGUUGGAGGAUUUGUUGAUCUGUCGGUCCUACCACUAACACUUAAAGGUCAAAGUGUUUCAACGUAUUGUUCUGUUUCUGAUAUUCAGGAGCAGAAAGAUGUUCUUCCCAUCGGCGGUGCCUUCCGCCACCAUGUUGGCUUUGCUUCCUUACAACUGUUCAUUGAAUGCAGCGCUUUAUGGGUAACUUUUUGAUAACAUUAAUGUGAAGCUGCAGAUCAAAGAACUGAACUUUUAUUUAUUUACUUUUUUAUCUCUUAUUUUAUCUGGUCAGGCAUUAAAAAAAAAAGUUUUUAGUGUUUCUUUAACUCUUUCUCUGACAUGAAGUUAAGACAGUGACGUUUUAACCGCAGUGUCUUUGCGCAAAAUAUCUUUUUAGUUUAGACAGUGAAAGGCUUUAAGUGUUUCAAAAAUAGUUUUUAAGUGUAUUUGUUUAUUUGUCUGAAGGGGCCCAAAUAUCUCCCCUCCCCCCCUCCCCACACACUUUUAUUGUUUGUGUUUCAUUGUUUCCAUACACCACCUUUACUGGCCCAUUGUUAAGGAGUGGAAAGCAUUAACAGUCUUGUUUUUCCACAUUGAAAAAAAAAGCUAAAUUGUGUACAAAUAAAUAAACAAAAAAAGAGUA